AUGGCACAACCUUUUGUCCUUGAAGAAGAGAAGGAGGACGAAAAUGGUAGUGAAAAUGUACCUUUAGAGUCUUAUGAUUCUAAUGUGGAGGAGGAGCAAGUUGAUGACUGUUUUCCCGAAAAAAAUAGUCUAUUAAUGAGGAGAGCCCUCCAAAUGCACGUGGAGGUUGAGAAAACCCCAAUUCAAAGAGAAAAUGUCUUCUUAACCAAAUGCAAGGUUAAUGAAGAUGUGUGUGACUUGAUUGUUGAUAGUGGCAGUGAAGCUAAUGUUGUGUCAAGUGAUUUUGUUAAGAAACUUGACUUGAAGACUACUAGACAUCCUACUCCUUACAAGUUGAGUUGGCUUGAUAUGAGCAAGAGUACGGGAGUUAGAAAACAAUGUCUAGUAAAAUUUCAGAUUGGUUCGUAUGUGGAUGAAAUUUUAUGUGAUGUCAUUCCCAUGGAUGCUUGUCACAUUUUGUUAGGGAGGCCAUGGCAAAGUGACAAAAAAUCAGUACAUGAUGGCCUAUCAAACACCUACACCAUUACUCACCAAGGCAGCAAGAAAGUGUUGCACCCCUUACCACCACAAAAAAGCCUUUCCCAAACACAAUCCCCACCACCACAAAAAGAGCCCAAAAGAAAGGACAUUUUGUUGCUUUCCUUAAAAGAAUUCGAAAACUCUUUGGAGAAAGAAGAUGAAGUGUUCUUAUUGUUUUCUAAAGAGGAACACGAAGGUUUUGUCCAACAAAACCCUAGGCUAGCCGCAUUGAUCAAGGAGUAUGAAGAUGUUUUUCCUAAUGAAUUACCACAAGGACUUGAUGAUAUGUUAUAUGAGUUGAGUGGAGCUCAAGUGUUUUCCAAGAUAGAUUUGAGGAGUGGAUAUCACCAAAUUAGAAUGAGGGAAGGUGAUGAAUGGAAAAAAGCCUUUAAAACUAAGCAUGGUUUGUAUGAGUGGCUUGUUAUGCCAUUUGGAUUAACAAAUGCUCCAAGCACCUUCAUGAGACUUAUGAACGAAAUGUUGAGGCCAUUUUUGGGGAAGUUUGUAGUUGUUUACUUAGAUGACAUUCUCAUCUAUAGUAAAAAUGAGGAGGAGCACUUGAAACACUUGGAAAAGAUUUUCAAAACCUUGAGAGAGCAACAAUUGUAUGGGAAGUUGGAGAAGUGCCAUUUUGUGCUAACAUAUAUUGUUUUCCUUGGUUAUAUUGUUUCAGGUGAAGGAAUUAAAGUUUAUCCAAGCAAAGUGGAAGCCAUUUCUUCAUGGCCAAUUCCAAAAACAGUCACGGAGGUUCGUUCAUUUCAUGGAAUUACUUCGUUCUAUAGGCGGUUUAUUGAACAUUUUAGCACCUUUAUGGCUCCCAUCACCGAAUGUACAAAGAAGGGAAGUUUUCCAUGGACUCCACAGGCUCAAAAGGCGUUUGAGUUCAUUCAUGGGCAAAAGAAGUUGAAUGCAAGGCAUGCUAAGUGGGUGGAAUUCCUACAAUCUUUCAACUUUGCAACCAAGUACAAGAAAGGCAAAACCAAUAUUGUGGCGGAUGCAUUAUCAAGAAGGCAUAAUAUUCUUGGAAUCAUGGAAACUAAAAUUCUUGGUUUCGAGGUCAUGAACGAAUCAUACAAAGAUGAUCUUGAACUCAAGGAAAUCAUGGAGUCUUGCAAAAAUGGAGUCCACGGUUCAUUUGUCAUAGUAGAUGGUUUCCUUUUCAAAGGGAACAAACUUUGUGUUCCUAAAGGUGCAAUUCGAGAGUUGUUGAUCAAGGAAGCUCAUGGAGGAGGACUUGCUGGUCAUAUGGGUAUACAAAAGACCCUAGAAAUCUUACAAAGUCAUUUUUAUUGGCCAAAAAUGUUAGCUAAUGUGCACCAAGUUUUGGCUAGGUGUUCUAUUUGUCAAAGAGCCAAAAUGACGUUUUAUAAGGGAGAGUAUAAGCCUUUGCCCAUUCCUGAAAGACCUUGA